AUGCUAUUGGUGAUGGUGGCACACCCAGACGAUGUCCAGCACAUCCUGCUGACGUCCAAGCUGGUAGACCGUGGCACCUUAUGCACCAACGCUAUGCGGGCCUUCGUCGGUGAUGGGUUAGUCACCGUUGAUGUUAGCCGGUGGAAGGUGCACCGCAAACUUAUCAACCCCACAUUCCACUCUGAGAUUCUGGAGGGAUUUCUGGAGGCUUUCCACGACGGUGGUCUCUUCGUGAGCGAGCGCCUAGCCAGGACUAGAGGCGCAGCUACCGAGGUUCAUCCUCCAGUGUUCUUGGCAGCCUUCCGUAGCUUCUGCAGCACCGUCAUUGGCAUGAACCCCGACCUUCUCAUACCAAACGCCUUGGCAGAGGAGAUGUCUGCCGCAGUGAACGAUGGCGUGACCACCGUGCAGGACUGGGCCCUUAAGUGCAUCGCCAUGAGGUCGGCAGCCACAGAGGAUGGACCUACAAAGACACGCCAGCGUCUGCUGGAAGCUCUGCUCAAGCCAGGCGGUCAGACUGCAAUGCCACUCGAUGAGGUUCAGGGAGAGCUCAUGAAUCUUCUGAUAGCCGGCACGGAGACGACGGCCGUGGCCGUCAGCUACACCCUGGCUCUGCUGGCCCUCCACCCUGAGUGGCAGGAUGCAGCCCACCAGGAGCUGAAGGACGUCUUUGGCGAGGGUGACGACUACCUGCGGGCACCCGGCCUUGCAGACCUAGGCAGACUCAGGGUGCUGGAGAGCAUCAUCAAGGAGACACUGAGACUGUUCCCAACGGUCCCAAUACUUCCUCGGAUGGUCACAGAAGACCUCUGGCUGUCUGGAGGGUCCGGACGGAAGGUUUUCGUCCCUGAGGGUACCCUGCUUCUUGUGAUGCCCUUCCUCACACACCGCCUGCCGCAGUUCUUCCAGGACCCACAGCAGUUCGACCCUUCGCGCUUCUUGGAGGACCGCGUCAACAAGGAUCAUGCAUGCAGCUACCUGCCAUUUGGGUUGGGCGCGCGCAGCUGUGUGGGUUCCCAAUACAGUCGCCUGCAGCUCAAAGUCUUCCUGGCAGACGUACUGCGGCGCUUCCGCUUCCUGCCAUGUAGCCAGCGGGAGGACCUGGAUGACAGUGCGCUCGCCUUCAGCCUAAAUCCUGUCAAGCCAAUCAGAGUCUCAUGCAUUCCUGUGGAUGGCCGUAACACAUAG